UAAGCGGCAAUUCGCGUCGGCAAUUGCCGAAUGCCGCCGCGAAUUUCAAAGGCUGCAAGUGUGUUGUCAGGGAGUAUUCUCUUAUUCAACCUCUCCCCCCCCGGGAGUAUUCUCUUAUUCAACCUCUUCCCCCUCCCAGAAAGUACUCUUACAUGGCAAUAGCCUGGGGCUUAGGAAUGAUAGUGUAUUGUUCACUACCCUCCCCCACUGUACAGGCAUGCUUUGUGCCUUUGUACACUUGUGAAAAUGUUGAUAAUUAUAAGGAUCCCUUAAGAUUAUACCUAUAAUGUCCAAACAAUAAAAGGAUAGAAAUCGUGAAAAAUGAACAAAAAAUAUUGAAUCAUUUCGCACCGUGGCCUGGCAUAUUUUUCAAGCUUACUAUAUGGUGUGGACAUGCACUCAGAGUAACAUCACAAACAUAUUCACCUGAGUACAUAACACCAACACACACAAAAAUAAUUUACAAUUAUUGAAAAACGGAUGAAAUUUCAGUGUGAUUAGUGAAUGGCGAUUGAUUUUUGUCAUACAACUAACAUGUCAAGAAAUCGCUAUUUCACAAUACUCGAAUCAAGCUUAUUUUUAUGUGCUAAAGAGUAAAGUAAGGCGCAAAACUACAUAGUUUGUCACUUGUGUCGAAGUUUACCUUGCUAAAGCGUAGCAUGUAACAUAGCAUGUAACGAGCACGCGAAAAACAUAAGUUUUAAAAUAGGUUAGUAGCUGUUUCAAGCUUUUCUACAAACAAUAUCGCUCCCAAUAUUUGUGUGUGACUCGCAUGUAAUUGAGUGCCUCAAUGGCUUUCAUUUUAUGUAGACUCUUUCUAAGCCCAUGUUUCUGAUGUUUUGUGCAAACGCCGCUUGUCAGAUAGGUCAUAUAGUAAUAAUGCAAAUUAACUUUGAACCUAACACGUGUUCACUCUUACCAGCCUGAUGAUCAACAUUUUAUUACAGUUUAACCAAAUCUAAUUGAACGGCAAUGCGCCUAAUGCACCCUACGGUACACUAGUUCGUCUAACAAAAGACGAUUUUACUCCUCUAUGGGAAAGUGUUGGGUUGUAAUCAUUUAAAUUAAGGCUAAUUAUUUUGUUUAAUUUGACUUUGGGCACAUUAAUUUGGCUAAGUAUAUUGAUGAUCAGCUUAGGUCUUUUAGAUUAUAUAAAUAGGGGUGAAGAUGUUUGAAAAUUAUAAAGAUCACGAUUCUUGAUGUAGUUCUUCAAAAACUAAAGGAACGUACUAUAAUGUAGACUGUAAUGUACUGUAUUUAGCAUAGCAGCCUUAUUACAAUUUCCAAUAAUGCAGGGUCGAAAUGUGAUCAUUGAGCAGUCCUUUGGUGGACCUAAGAUUACAAAAGAUGGCGUGACAGUCGCUAAAGCAGUUGAUUUACCUGACAAAUUUCAAAACCUUGGAGCUCGUUUAGUUCAAGAUGUUGCCAAUAACACGAAUGAAGAAGCAGGAGAUGGCACGACAACGGCAACGAUUCUUGCUAAACAUAUUGCGAAGGAAGGUUUUGAAAAAGUUUCCAGAGGUGCUAAUCCACAAGACAUCAGACGAGGUAUACUCCCAGUGCUCUUCUGCAGAGGCACAGAGUAAACAUUGAACUAAAUAAUGUAAUGUGACAGAGGUUUCCACUCAUCAUGUGCGAGGGAGGAACGCAGUUGCACUCGCAAGACAAUAUAGAUACUUUUGAUUCACGAACGCGGACCGGAAGUAAAUCGAGCCGUUAUAGAUAGCGAUAGUCAUUCCUGUUUGAAAUCACGAACGUGAAAUUGCAUCGACUGCCGUUCUUGAUUUGAAGCAAGAACUACACUGACGCCAUCUAUAACGGCUUGAUUGACUUCUGGUUGGUGUACUUGGCGUCGCUUGCUUCAGUAAUAACACUGCGUCUCCAUAUGAACCUCUGUGGAAGAGAGAGGUCCCAGUACCAAAUUUCAGAGUGUCCUACAAACUAUAUUCUAGCCAUAAAACUGGGCAAGACAUCUAGGGCCAGUCAGUACUAAUUACAAUAACCUGUCUUCAUUUUGGCCCUAACUAACUUCAUCUUGGUAAAAUCCAGUCCUUGGCGUGCAUGAAAUACAGUUUAAUCCUAAAGUAGCGUCGAAUGGUAUUUUAGAACAUGGGCGGAUUUACUGGGGGGGUUAACCCCCACUCUAGAAUCCUUCUAACCCCUCUUAUAAAGUAUUCAACCCCACGAAAAUUUCGCUUCGCCUCUCCUAUUUUGUGUGAAUGUCUUUAACCUAACGCCGAAGCUCGCUCAGUGGCGCCGCUUACACCUCACCGCCCUUGUUUUAGAACAUCUGUUGUUUUAGAACAUCUGAACAUCCGCUUCUUGUUUUCUAAUAAUAUAGGAGUAAUUUUGGCAACUGAACAUGUUGUAAGUCAUCUAAAAGAAAUGUCAAAACAAGUAACAACACCAGAAGAAAUAGCUCAGGUAUGUUUGGGUUGAUAAAGAAAAUCUGCAAUCGGAAGAAAUGAAAUUCGCAAUCGGAAGAUUGUUUCUAUUUGUUACCACCAAAUGCAUACCCUGGCUGCAGAGGUUUUCUGGUGUUAGGCGAGUUUUAACUUGUGGCGCCUGAGUGCAGGGUACAGCUUCAGCGAAACAAGGAAACACCUUGAUCCAGGGUACCAAAGGUACUACCAAAACAGAGGCAUGGGGUUGGGAAGAUAGAGUGGGACAAUGUAGUUCAUUAUACUGCUGUGUGUGACUUGCCUAGUUUUGCAUAUUUAUAUUUGGGCAAUUGAGAUGUAGAUAUUUUAUAGGAAAUGUUCUUUGCUUAGAGUGGGAAUUAGUGAUCUUUCUUUGUGACAGCAGAGUGAUAAAUAACAAAUAAUGCCCAGUAAUCUUUUUCUAUAGGCAUGUUAGAUAUAUAUUACUCUACCUAUACCGUACUGUAUGUGCAAUAUCAAUAUGAAAGUUCUUUUUAAGAGUGAGUAUCAUGCCAGUGAUCCAUUGCACGCUUGUGUUUACAUUUUAUUUUUACAUUUUGCUGUAUCUCAUGAAUAUACUUUCAGUACAAAUAUUUUGCAUAAAAAAACGCAACAUUUCACAAGAUAUAAUGACUUACUUCGUUUUAAAGAAGAAAUAGAGUUGUUUUUCAAUAGGAUUCCGAAAAAUAUGGGCCAAUACAAAUGAAAUCUUGGAGAUCACUUAUACAUAUCAUUAUAUUUAUAAUACCAUUUCUGGGACGCCAAGCGCCCAAAAUCACUGGCAUGAUACUUACUCUUUAAGAUUUAUGUUUCAAUAUAAACAAGGCCGUAAGCUCAACGUUUAUCCCAGCAACUUGUUUUAGUUAAAAUAUAUUUAUAUAAUUAAUAUAAAUCUAGGUUGCAACCAUAUCAGCGAAUGGAGAUAGAAGUGUUGGGGAUCUUAUCUCGUCUGCCAUGAAGAAGGUUGGGAAAAACGGAGUAAUUACAGUCAAGGUUGGUGAUUUAUUUUGAUUUUAGAACAUACUGUAUUUGAUGGAAUGAUUUCAUUAUGUUUUAAAGGCACAGUUCAGCCUUUUGAAUGAUGGUUUUUAAGGCACAUUACAGCCCUUGUAAUUGAAAAAACUAACCAGGAAAAUCAAUUAAGCAUAAUUCAAGAUCAGUGAACUCAAUGUUUUCAACAUUAAGAAUGUUAAAACAUUGAGGAUAUAUAUUAUUUUAGUAUACUUAAUUCGACCUAUUUUAUUUUUAAAAAUUCAGUAUAGAAUACUACAUGAAUAUCAAUAGCUAGUAUAAAUACACUAGAGCGAUCCCCUGUAACUAACUCAGAGAGUUAGCACUACACAUUACAAUUACAAGUGAGACGGUAUUAACACGAACAUAAAUUAAGGGUGUUGCUGUCAGUGACGACUUUUAGGACAAAUCAACUUAUAACUUCUAGUAUUGUCCUGGUCAAAUAGUACACGAAGUCUAUUGAAGAAGAAGUUCUUUAGUCUACAUUUAAAUGAUGGUAUAAAGAAGCGCAAGACUUGACAUCAUCGGGUAGAGCGUUCCACAAUACGGGGAAAAUAGGAGUCUCUAAAUGUUGAUGUUUUAGGAAUAGUCUUGAGUCUAGUUAGUUUUUUCAAUUAAAGGGGUUGCAAUGCACCUUAAAUUAAGUGUUAUGUGUUAGUUUUACGGGGCCGUAGUAAUUGGCUAAGCGCUGUUACGGACUCCCUGCUAUUAAUUGUAUUAUAGUUAUUUACAAGGCAAAUUAAGCUAUAAUAAAUUAAAUUAAAUUAAAACCCAUCAUUCAAAAGGCUGAAAUGGCUUUUUUGAAAUGCUGGUCAGCUGACGUAUGUUCACUGUGCGUACCUAUUUUUGUGAUUAUGUGCUAAAAUGCGUGCUACUUCAAGUAAUAAAUUAUUUAGAUGGGUAAUAUAUUAUGUCUGUGUACAAAGCACAUGAGGUAAAACCUUUAUUUUUAUAGGACUUAUGUUUAUAGGGCAACCCAUGAUAAACAUUAGGCUGCUUGUGGUUUUAAAAAGGACUGAAUACCGAAAUAUAGAGGUUUUGAUAUUUUUCCAUGCUGUAAUGGCACUAAAUGAAACCUCGUUGCUAAACUUUAAGACAUCGAAACAAAACGGACUGCGAACUGCUAGCACAGGAAUUGUCUUACGAAAAAAAUAAAACUGCACAGUCUGCACUAUAAUAUAGCAUUUAAACAUUUGCAACAAGAAAUUGAACUCACUAGAAAUGGCACAAAAUAUUCACUUAAACACUGCAAAGCAAUAAAUGCAUAUUAAAAUUGAGUACGUCCGGUUAAUAGUUGAUGAAAUUUCGUUUAAAAAAUCUCUGAAUUCAGCGAAUCUCUAAAUUCUUUAAUCUAAUCUCUAAGUUUAAUUUCUGUAUCGUUUAAUUUCUUUAUUUUUUGUUAAAAUUAUGCACUUAGACAAUUUGAUACCCUGCUAGGCAAAGGCGUAUUAAUAAUAUAUACUUACUAGUAAUUACUACCGCAAGUGAAGUGCUGCCUUAAAGCUGGAAAUAAACGUUUAAAGAUGCGGUACAGUCUGUAUGUAUCCAAAUAUUGAAUUUUAUUCAAGAGUAGAAUAAAUUAUCAAGACGCAACAAUUAAGCUUUGCAAGACAAUAAAAUGAAAUAAAAACCUAAAUAAACUGUUUGUAUAAUAAAAAGAGGGCUUCUUUGUGCACAUGCGCAGAUGGAACUUUACCGCAUCUUUAAAUAGUUGGGUAUAAAUUGCGAUUUUAAAAAUUCAGAAACAACAGCAGUACCAUUAGGGUCAGACAUACCAAAAGAAUUUCUGGCAUGAGGAUCAAGGCCAUCGUAUACCCAUCUAAUAUCAAAAUAGCAUCAUUACUUUGUGUAAAAGUAUUCAUCAAAGCUAAACCAAAGUUAACAUAGGGAGCUCCAACUUCAUGCUCAUUUGUAAUAAUUGAACCUUGACGGUCCUUUCCAUAGUUUAUAUACCAAAUUGUUUCAUCAUUUUGUUUCUCAUUGGGUUCUAACUCGAUUACAAUAGACAGUGUUUUAUUGCAAGGAAACAUUAUGUAUCAAAAUGCUUUUGAAAAUGGUCUGAUCGCACAUGAGAAAUAUUUGCCAAUCAAUGAAUUAUCAGCUGCUGUCCAAUGGUCGAAUGAUUUUCAGGCACACGUACAGCCCAAUGAGGCACAAAUUCAGCCCAAUGAGGCACAAAUACAGCCCAAUGAGGCACAAAUUCUGCCCAAUGGCCCCAAUGAGGCACAUAUACAGCCCAAUAAGGCACAAAUGCAGCCCAAUGUGGCACAAAUACAGUCCAAUGAGGCAUAAGUUCAGCCCAAUAAGGCACAAAUUCAGCCCAAUGAGGCACAAAUUCAGCCCAAUGAGGGACAAAUACAGCCCAAUGAGGGACAAAUACAGCCCGAUGCGGCACAAAUACAGCCCAGUGAGGCACAAAUACAGCCCGAUGAGGCAGAAAUACAGCCCAAUGAAGGCAGAAAUAUAGCCCAAUGAGGCAAACUAUGAAGUACAGCCCAAUGAGGCAAACUAUGAAGUAUUAUCUAAUUUACAUAAACGAGCAUUGUUUCCCUCGCGAUUGUUCACUAAAGAUUUCGUGGCCCUGAUGAAUACUUCCACGAGCAACUAAAGACAUAAUUUAUUCUUAACAAACAACUAAACUUACCGUAAAAAAAUAUUUAAAGGCAGAUACUAUACUGAUAUUUACUGAUAGAUGUGUGAUCAGCAAAUAGGCAACGUGGUCGAAUGGUCGUGUGCUGUGACGUAACGUACGAUAAAUAUUUCCGACAUGAUCGCCCCACCUUGACCCCCCUCAAUAAAAUGAAAAUCGAGAUUUCACGUCCAGUAAUUAUAACUCGGUCGAAGAAAAUGGGCACUACAGUAACAACGUGAAGAUUAGUAUGCUGCCUUCGGCAGCAAUAAGUCUUAUGUCUGCUCCCCAGGGAAAUUGCUAGUUUUGUUUUCCCGGGAGUUUCAAUGUUUCGUGAGACGAAGUUGAGUGGGAUAUUCAAGAUUUCAAUUUUCAAAGACAUAUAUUUGGAAAAUUGUUUCAUAUACAACCGAGCUUUGAUGCAAUCUUUGUUUGAACAAAUGUGAAGAAUUGAUUUACUAUGGGAAAUCGUGAAAUAUAGGGCAAGUUUGCUUUGAAAGUUUAUCCCCAAAAGGGAGUAGUUUUAACUUUUCAGGCGGAAUUAAAAUAACUCGUUGAAAUUAACAGUGUUGGAGGAAUAAGGAGAUUCAAGGUUUCCGAAUUCCGACGCCAUAACGAAAUAAAUAGUGCAAGCGGUGCAAACACAAUGGAAUUCCUUCUUGGUAAAUUUGCAGGAGGUGCAAACACAUUGGUGAAAACAAUGGUUCAAGAUGGCGUCGGAAACCUUGAUUCCCCCCAUUGCAAUAAGCAGGUUUUGUACUUCAUUGUAAAUGGAUGUUAUUUUGCUCUUGUAGUAUACUGCAAAACCUACGUUAUAGUUAUUAAUAAAAGGUUUUCGGCAAAUGUCUGCAAAACAAUAUUCAUGAGACCAAGAAAUGUAACGAUGACAGUUCUUACUCGUGAAGUUCUUACUCGUGAAUCUGAAGUUAAGUUAAAACAUGUGAAAGUCUUAAGUUAUACAGUAUAAACUAAUCUUACUGUCGAUGCAAUGGAAGUGUUGAUAAAAUAUUGCACCAAUUCCUUUCCUCAACUUGAUCAAUUCAUUUGAUAGAAAAUUGAUCAACUUCCUGUUACUUUUAGAUGAGCCAAUUGCAUUUCGUUUCAGAACCGAUUGACCAAUAGGAAACGCACAGGAAGUAAAAAGAAAUUUGAAUUCGUAUGAAUUGAUCAACUUGAGGAAAUGAAUUCAUGCAAUAUUUUAUCAACACUUUCAUUGCAUCGACAGUAAUAUUUUGGCUGUUCUUUAACUGAGCAAUAUAUACAGCGUAAAUCAACGCAGUCCAAUUGCAGUUCCGUUUGCUUCUGCCCAACGGUCACUAUCUGUAUAACAACCACUACCACCAUAAUGCAUCUCGGUUAGGAAGAAAAAAUUAGUUGGCAAUUUUUCUGUUGAGAUUAUCCCGGUCUUUCUCCAGUCUACUGAGACUCCCGUUGUUUCAUAAACAAGGUUGUCGGCCAAAUACGUGCUCAUAUCUUCUCUGCGAUGGUUUGGGAAGAACGCCAAGUAACUUGGAAUAGGAUAGGGGCCGCCAAAAUUGUAUUUCACGUCCUCAUUGUUAGAUCUAAAUCCAUUGAUGUUAACAGAUGUGCUCAGGUACAGAUAAUCCGACAGCUUAGAGUUUUUUGGUUCUUCGUAGGUAUUUGAUUCUUCUACACAAAAAAAUAACACUGCAUGUCAUAGUAUAAUGACGACGAAUCCUAAACCAAAUUAACCUAUUGAGCACCAGCGCUUUCCCAUUAACGAGUAAAAUCGUCUGGCGUUAGAGUAAAACAAUAAAGUAUAGUGCGCAUUGAGGCGCCAUCCAAUUUAGUGGGUUAAAAUCUGCCUUUGCCCUUCAUAUUAUUCGGUUGAGGGGCUGUUUACAUGCACGAUCCCGCUUUGCUGUGACAGAAUGGAAACCGGGAUGAUUUUAACGUAUGAAAAUACUAUAGGCUUACACGAAAGUUCAAACGCGGGUUAAACGAACUCAAAUGUUUACGAGAUCUCGUAGUUCAAGAAGAUUGUUAUUGCUGUCUGAACAACCUUUUGCUUACAAUUAUACUACAAUCCAUUACUAGAAAAAAUACUGUAGUGAAUCGUGCACUGUGACUUCUGUGAAUCUCGCAUCUUGUCCCGUCAAAGCGGGGUCAUGUAAACAGCCCCGAAGAGUUGUAUGUUACCAACACCUCAACCAUUAGCACUCGAUUACUUGUGAUAUUUUAUAAUACCAAAUCUAAUUAUGAAUCAUAAUAAAAUAAAACUAAUCAUCAUAACCAUUUCUACAACCACAUAAGUAUAACCCCAAUCAUAACCAUUAUCGCUAUUAACACUACCGUUUAAUUCACACAAAAAUAACCUGUAUGUGUAUUCAGUAAGACAACCAAAGGAGUAUGUGAUUCCCGUGCCAGUUGUUGAAUGAGAGUGUAUGUCUGACUUUCAUCUUUCUUUUGAAUGUAAAGAAGAACUUCAUUGCGACUUGUGAAAAGUUGUGAUACAAGGUUAGGGAGGGUGCCAUUCCUCACAGCUGACUUGGGGAUAAAGGUGAAACCUCCUCCAUGAAGAACCAUUUCACAAAACACUGUCGUCGUAGUGUUGUCGAUAGAGAUCUCGUAAAGUCCACUCGGAGCCCCUGGUGAUUUCAUCAGAAUAUCUUUGCAAGAACGUGGUGGAGUGGGUUUCUUUUUAGGUGGCUGGAAUAGAGAGCAAUUAUAAGUGACAAAAUUAUUUCAAACAAUAACUAGAAUUGUGGAAACAUUGAACGCAUUGUGUGUGUUCGACCAUGAUCUUAUGUUGACACAGUGACUUGUCAAUGGAAACUGACAUUUUUUUGUCGUAAAAACAAGCAAUUGAAACGAAAGGAGCUUGUAAAAUAAAUUUAGUUCUGAACAUGAGGAAAUAUUGUUAACACGAGCAAGCAUUUGUCUAAAACUUCUCGAGGAAAACUUGUCAUUGAUAUUUGUCAUUGAUAUUUGUCAUAGAAAGUUUGUCAUGUGGAAAACCUUUUUGUUGUACACAUUUGCAAAUGGAACUUGUCAAAUAAAAUUUGUCAUGUCUCAAUUAAGGAAAUUUGGUUGGCCUUACGCAUGCACGAACUUGUGAAGAAAGCGUGACACUGUAAACCUGUUGAUCUGUACAGGACCUCACCUUCUGCAGAAUUUCAAGGUUGUUGAAUUCUUUCUUGUUAACGUUAUUGGUGAAUGGCUUGGAAAGAGUUUUAUUAUUAAGUUCACAUAAACCACGUUCCUCUCCUGUCGUUUUGUAGUUUACUGAGGCACACCCUUCAUCUCUUGAGCAAUAUACCGCACAUUCAAGCUCCGUCUUUCCACGUUUUGUCCGAAUUACGCUGCGAGACAAAUAUUUACCACGGUGGCGAUAAAACAGUAUAUUGUGGGAACCUUUUGCAAAUCCUUCGCUCACGGCAAGGAAAGAGAUGAGUUUCAACAAAUACAUGUUUCGUCACUACGCUCUCACAAUUUCAAUUAAUUAUUUUUGUGUAUGAACCGUUUAUCUACUGCUGGUGGGGAGAUGUGUUUCUGGUUAAUUUUAAUUAAUAAAUAGACUUAUAUGCAAAUAUUUUUAAAUAGUUUACGUCGCGCAUGCUAAGAUGUAAAGGACAAAGUAUUUCUACCUUUAAAUUAUACUUUCAAUCAGAGUUUUAAAGAACAGCACUAUAGUUUAUAUGUCUGUAAUACUGCAUUCAAACAGUCGAACAUAUGACAAGAAAUUGAACUAACUAGAAAUGGCAUAAAAUAUCACUUAAACAUUGAAAUAAUAAAUGCAUUGUCAAGAAUUCAGUACUGCAUGGUUAAUAGUCCAUGAAAAAGUCGAUUAUUUUUUUUAUCGUUGAUGCCACUGGCAAUUUUUGUGAGCGUCACUGUUAGUUUGACAUUUUUAAUAGCUACCUGCUAUAGGCAGAGUUUUAUUAAGAAAACAACUUUAAAAUGCAAAUAUGAUGUUUGUGAUGUUACUCUGAGUCUAUCCACACCGGGCGAGCUUGAAAAAUAUGCCCGGCCACGGUGGGAAUCGAACCUACGACCUUUGGAAUACUAGCCCAAUGCUCUGCCAACUGAGCUACGCGGCCAGGACGGUCCGAGUAAGUGAUAUUUCGGAACAGAAUCUAGUUCCUUCGAUACCAAUGUAAUCUAGUAAUAUGAUUUUUCUGUGUUGGUGUUGUGUACUCAGGUGAAUAAUAUGAUGUUUGUGAUGUUACUCUGAGUGUAUAUCCACACCGGGCGAGCUUGAAAAAUAUGCCCGGCCACGGUGGGAAUCGAACCUACGACCUUUGGAAUACUAGCCCAAUGCUCUUCCAACUGAGCUACGCGGCCAGGACGGUCCGAGUAAGUGAUAUUUCGGAACAGAAUCUAGUUCCUUCGAUACCAAUGUAAUCUAGUAAUAUGAUUUUUCUGUGUUGGUGUUGUGUACUCAGGUGAAUAAUAUGAUGUUUGUGAUGUUACUCUGAGUGUAUAUCCACACCGGGCGAGCUUGAAAAGGGUCAGGACGGUUCUAGAUUCUGUUUACUAGAACCGUCCUGACCGCGUAGCUCAGUUGGCAGAGCAUUGAGCUAGUAUUCCAAAGGUCGUAGGUUCGAUUCCCACCGUGGCCGGGCAUAUUUUUCAAGCUCGCCCGGUGUGGAUAUACACUCAGAGUAACAUCACAAACAUCAUAUUAUUCACCUGAGUACACAACACCAACACAGAAAAAUAAAAUGCAAAUAAUCGUGUUAUUUGAGGAAUUGCAAUAGGCCUAAGCCUUGCUCUUUAGCCGGCUGCGCUGUAAAAAUUACUUAUUUUUUGGAACUAGUUACAGUGACAUUCAGAACUGAACAUUUUGCAUUAUGUGCACAAUUCAUGUUAAUCACUCCGUGCUGGUAGUGCAAAAUAUCUUAUUUAUUGAAUAUUUAAACAAACAUGAGCAGUUAUUAAAUCAUGAGUUAUAGUAGCGCGCGCUUUCGCCCAAAUAAUAUUUGUAUUUUUUACAUCAAAACCCGCAAAUUGUAUUCUUCCCAACGUUCAAUAUUUGGUGGAUACCAGUUAUUAAAAAUGGCGAUAAUUAUCGACGUAAUAUGGCGCAACAGCCUAAUAAAGAUUGUUAUAUAGCUAGGGUGAACACCAGCGUGAUUUGUGGUCACGUGGCUUUAGAUAAAUGCAAUGUAUCCCGCCUGGCAACAAGUGAAAAAUUGUUGUGUCAAAAUAAAAAAUGUAAAAGAGAAGAAAAAUACACAACAGGUGGCAAGAUAUGCUGCUGAAACCGUUUAAGUAUAGAUUCUUUUCAUUUUAAACUCGUUUACACUACAGUGUUUUUGUGAUGAAAUACAAUUGUUGUAUGCCGAAUGUUGUAGAUUUUUCUUUCGUCGCUAUACUGUAUAACAAAACACUUAAUGUCUGUUUCCUCGGGAAAUAGUUUUGUUUCCCCUCGAAUCUCAAUGUUUUCCUCGACUUCUUCUCGGGAAACAUUGACACUCGAGGAAAAACAAAACUAUUUCCCUCUGUAGCAGAUAUUAAGUGAAUAUUAUAGUCACGGAUGAUUUUCAUUUAGUUUUUUUGUGCUAUAGUGUAGGGUGUUCACGCUAGACGUAGUGUUUUCUUUUAUGUCAGAUUCGUUAGUUCGAUCCCCAUGUUCAGAAAAAUACACAAUGUUUCGGUACGAUAUCGCUGAAAUGAAAAUUAUAGGCUUAACAAAUUUGAGAACGGUCUCAAAUGGUGGAAAAUGAAAGGUUGGUGGCUUGGUAUGAACACAAAUGUUUUCACUUUAUCAUGCAUAUAUCGUCGCAAAGUAAUCCAUCCGAAUAAAUUUUCUGUGUUGGCUAUUUCAAAUAUUUUAGCUUUACACGGACGCUAAGUAACUUGUAAAGAAACUCGAUCAUGUCUUCGUUCGAAAACACGUUAAUUCUUCUUGUACGGUUGAUGUGAGUCAAGACGACAACUGCGACCGCCCGAGGAUAUGUAACUACCUGAAAAAUAUAAGCAAAAUUAUAUUUCAAGUCGUGGCAUAUCCUAAUUGACACCGCUCGCGGCAUCGUUAGAACGUGGUGUGAGUUUAACCUUCUCCCAAAACACAUUCGUAUACCGAGCACCAAUAUACAACUUCAUCUCAACACCAGACUCCCCAUUCGUAAAAUCACUGCGCGGCCCCUGAUACAGACUGGAAAAAUCAUAAUCAGUAAUUUAACAAUUAGACAGCGAGACCGAUAUGAGCGAAUAGUCGAUGAAAGCAUAAUGAAAGCAAAGCUUGAGUUGAUUAUUCGCCAUAGAAACGAGGCUGAGUUGUCUAAUUCAGUUAUAGUAUAUACUAUAUAACUGAAUUAGACAACUCAGUUAAUGAGUUAUUAAUAGUAUAUACCUCUCAUUCAGUUAUACCGCGGGUGUCCCAAAAAAAAGUACUCCUGUUUGAUUCGUAAUAACUUCUAAACAAGUAAAGCUUUUAAAGCGAAAUAACGUGCAUCAAAUAGAGGAAGGAUUAACUUAGAUUUUGAUAUAUUACAGUUGUAUUUCACUUAAAAUUCACGGAGAUAUUAAUGUUUAAAAUCGGGAGCAUAUUUCUCGAUGUGUCUGAAACAUGCAAAAAACGGCGUAUCAAAUAUUAAUCAAGAUUUGCCCGACUGAAACAUGCACUAUUACCAUGCAGUAAAUAAAUGACACUUGACAAAUUGUUUAUUAUGAAACAAAGUAUUAUUAUAUGUACAAAAUACAAGCAAGAUUUAUUCGUCCGAAAUUCGCGUGUGUUCCUAGCACGAAUACGUUUCCUUAUUUCAUGAGACCACUGCAUCGCGAAGAAUCGUCAUCGAUCGUUCGUAGUUCUGAAUUAGGGCAUGCUGUCGCAAUGGAAUUGUGAAGCUCUUCUAACUUCUGCAACGUUCUGAAAUCUUGUUAAGAACACUCAAACUCUUUUGCCUUUUCUUAAUCUUGGCAAGUUCAGAGUAAACUGAGAAUUAUAUGAAACACAAUCAAACCAUACAACUUCAUAAGACAUUAUAACAAUUAAGCAACUCCCCAGAGACAUGCAACAUUUUUGGAAUAAAACGUAACAAAAUAGUAGCAUUGAUACGCGGUGAUGCGUAUUUGCAAAAAGCAAUAUUACUUCUUUCAAUAAAGAAUAAUAUUCAUCCUGCUCUAAUCGAGAAAUAAUCAACUCAGUCUGUUUGAACCCAUUAAAAACAUAAAAAAAUUAUGCUAUUUAAGAAAAAUUUAAGCGCCUGCCUUCCAUCGUCUUUCAUGUACCUUUAAGUUUGUAAAGACCUAUUAAAUAUACUUGCAUAAUUUCGAAGUUCAUAUUUCAGGAAACGAUGAGCUAAGACUUACAUGUAAGAUGUCUAAAUCUAUAUGCCAUAUCCCUUACAAACCCUAACGACAAUUCGCUGAAAUACAAGUUAGCCGGAUAUGUCAUUAAGCAAACAAACGCUGGAAUUAAUAUUUGAUAUGCCGAUUUUCGCUAAUUUUAGACACAUCCCAAAAUAUGCUCCCGAUUUUGAACAUUGAUAUCUCCGUCACUUUUUAAGUAAAAUACAACUGUAAUAUAUCAAAAUCUAAGUUAGUCCUUCCUCUAUUUAAUGCAAGUUAUUUCUCUUUAAAAGCUCUACUUGUUUAGAAGUUAUUACGAAUCAAACAGGAGUACUUUUUUUUGGGACACCCGGUAGUAUAUACUAUAAUUGAAUUAGACAACUCAGCCUCGUUUCUAUGGCGAAUAGUCAAACUCAGACUCCCACUUUAAACAUGUUUAAACCAUAGAUAUCUUAUAUACACUAGAUAGUGCAUCUAAUUAUUCUGCAAUUCAAAAAUUGAAGCCGUGAUUGCAGUCUCAGGUCGUUCCCAUGAAAUUAGAAGAUUCGUAUGUUUUCUAUUUCUUAAACAGGGAACUUAAACAUUAAGUUAACCCUAUUCCAAAUUCGUUUUUAAAAUAUUCAAUUGGUGAAAGUUAUUGUUGUUUUUAAGCGUUGAUUGGCGAGUGGGAACGACCAACAUGGCCGUAACCGCUGGAAUAUUCUUGGCUUCAAUUUUACUAAAAGAGAUGCGCUAUCUAGUGUUUAUAAGAUAUCUAUGGUUUAAACGCACACAUGCAUGAGCGUUAAAUUAUUUUCUUCCGGCUUCACCCGCGUGUCGCUUUCUAUAAUAAUAUAAUAUAUAAUAUAAUAUAAUAAAUUAUAAUAUAAUAUAAUAUAAUAUAAUAUAAUAUAAUAUAAUAUAAUAUAAUAUAAUAUUUAUCAGUUACAGACCUGAAACGAGGGGUAUUCCACAAAAAAAUUACCCUGAGGGGUAAUUUUUUGUGGAAUACCCCGAGUGAAAGGUCUAUAAAUGGUAUAUUAUACCGAACCUUUCAAAAAUAAGUAGAAAACAAAUACCAUUCAAUUAACUUUUAAUUUCAAAACACAACUUUUGAUAACUUUAGGCGACGGACUAAGUUCAAAGUCGAAUUUCCCGCUCAAGCAUGGUAUUCGAAGUCGAAUACCAUGGCCCCGGGUAAAACACCCAGGGUUCAAAUUGCCUAGGUCAUAGUAUUCGCUGAAAAAUACCAUGGUCAUGUGGUACAAAUUUAGUUCUCUGAUUGGACAAGCUCAUUGUGAGGUAUAAUAUAAUAUAAUAUAAUAUAAUAUAAUAUAAUAUAAUAUAAUAUAAUAUAAUAUAAUAUAAUAUAAUAUAAUAUAAUAUAAUAUAAUAUAAUAUAAUAUAAUAUAAUAUAAUAUAAUAUAAUAUAAUAUAAUCGACCUGACCGCGUAGCUCAGUUGGAAGAGCAUUGGACUAGUAUUCCAAAGGUCGUAGGUUCGAAUCCCACCGUGGCCGGGCAUAUUUUUCAUGCUCGCCCGGUGUGGAUAUGCACUCAGAGUAACAUCAGAAACAUAUUAUUCACCUGAGUACACAACACCAGCACAGAAAGAAAAAAAAAAAUCAUAUUACAAGAACACAUUGGUAUCGAAGGAACUAGAUACUGUUCCGAAAUAUCACUUACUCGAACCGUCCUGACCGCGUAGCUCAGCAGUUGGAAGAGCAUUGGGCUAGUAUUCCAAAGGUCGUAGGUUCGAAUCCCACCGUGGCCGGGCAUAUUUUUCAUGCUCGCCCGGUGUGGAUAUGCACUCAGAGUAACAUCAGAAACAUAAUAUAAUAUAAUUUAUCGCUUCCCUUGCCUUUAACAGAACCAUGCAAAUUAUCAUACUCAUUCCAGCGUACCCAAGUCAUGAUGAGCUCCGUUUUCUGGGCGAAAUAUCAAGCGGACAAUAAAUAGACAAAACUGCAAUUGGGAAAUAAAUGCUAUGCGCGUAGAGCGCAUGCCGAAUUAUUAUUUCAUAACAAAUGUUACAAUUUUACUUUUUGAAUACGUAAAUAAGAGUUCGUUAACUGUUCGCACAGAAAAGGUGGCGUAAAACAAACGCCCACACAAAGACUAGUUACAGGUAAUAAACACAGCCAAAUUAUCUAUAAAGAACGCAGUAGUUACAUGUUGCAAGCAAAGGCGGAGAGGGCGGGUGAAGUUCUUGUAUAAAACUUGAAGACGUGACAAGACCGUAGCUUGAGAACAAUGAUCUUGUCGUGACUUGUGAAGUUCUUUAUAUAAAGUCACGUAAGGUCACGUGCUAUACCGCAUGCAGUGCCUGAUAAAAGUUUUACUGUGAACUUGCAAAAUGUAACAACUCUUUCCCGUAAAAUACAUUAGAGCUACUAAUACCGGUAAAACCAAUUUAGCCUGAGGCUUAAAUAAACAAAUAAAAAUGGGACUGGGAAGCAAUAAAAUUAUUAUUCGCAGAGGCAAAUAAUUCCUAUAAUAUAAUAUAUAGAUACAAACAUUAAUAAGACAAGGGCGCUAAUAGUUAAUUGCUGGGACAACGCUGUAUUGUUGUAAUGCCAAUGUUGUUUUCAACUUUAUUUUAUACCAGGAUUAUUUUGUUUUAUCAAACAGGAUGGAAAAACUCUCCAAGACGAAUUAGAACUCAUCGAAGGUUUAAAGUUUGACCGUGGUUACAUCUCACCGUACUUCAUCAACACUGCGAAAGGUUUGUUUAAUAUUUCAUUUUCCCUGCAUGCGAGAAUUUCGACCACCUCUUGAUUCAGAGUCAACGAUAAACUUAAAGGGGAAGAUGGUUGUGCACGCGCACUGUGUAAUAUUGCAGACUUUGCAAUCUUUCAAAUAUCAUACUUGCAGUUCUACAUAAAAUGGUAUCUCUAUUUUAGGACAAAAAGUUGAAUACCAGGAUGCGUUGUUACUUUUAUGUCAGAAAAAAAUUUCUACAAUUCAACAAAUUGUUCCUGCUCUGGAGUUAGCCAAUACUUCACGAAAACCUCUCAUUAUUAUUGCUGAAGAUAUUGAGGGGGAAGCACUCAGUACUCUGGUCAUAAACAGGUGAGAAUAUAUACAUGUAUUUUGUGUGGAAAUUUCUAGCAUAAAGAGUGUUCCUUCUAAAAAAUCUUUCUGUUUCCAAAUUUCUAAGUGAAGAAUUAUCGCAGAGUAGAAUUGGACUGGUUCAGCGAUCUGAUUAAUGAGCUACAGAGUCCAGUUCCAAAAAUAGCACUUAAUUAAAGUAUGCAUAAUUUAUAAAGGUUGAAGAUUGGAUUACAAGUUGCUGCAGUGAAAGCUCCAGGAUUUGGUGAUAACAGAAAGAACAUGCUUCAAGAUAUGGCAAUUGCUACUGGGGGAAUGGUAUGGCAAAGAUUAUUAAUAAUGUAAAAUUUCCAAUAGACCUUACCGUUGCACUCUGCCCUCAAUGGCCUCGUUUUCAUGUUCUUCUUUUCCAGCAUGGCGGGCGCACACGGAGGUGAUAUAUAUCUUCGAAUACAUUUCUUUUUAUAUUUACCCCGAUCACAAGCUUAUCACUAGAGAGGUUAAGAUACCCCGGUUUCGGGGUGUACGGGUACGAGUAGCAUGAUUUUGGUUAGCAAUAUUUUCGUCGAUGUAUGUAUCUUUACUCGUAAUUAAGGUGCACAUUUUUUGCAUUAUAUCAUUGUCUAUUGCAAGAAAACAGAAAAAGUAUGAUCGAAUUACAGACAUCACUAAAACAAGAUGACACUACUCGUACCCGUACACCGAAACCGGGGUAUCUUAACCUCUCUACUAACUGUAUUGUGCGCGAAACAUGAGGAUAUAACCCACAUGAGGAUAUAAAGCCUGCCGCACACGAGAGCAACUUGCUGAGCUAACCGCCUCGUGUGGCAGCUAGCUCAGCUAUGCUCACCGCACACGUUGGGAAAACUACUCAACAACAACGUAAUUGACAACAUCGUUUGCAUUUUCCUCCAUUUUGUUCAAAGUCACAUGAAGAAAUUAUGGCUCCCCAUUGGCUAAUUGAUUCAAGUAGCUCAGCACUAAGCUCGCAACAUCCGCUGACGUUGAGAUUUUUCCUCGCGAGGUGAAAAAUAUCAAACACGAUAGAUAUUUUCCUCAAGGCCUGGAGAGGUCAAAUCCUCACGAAAACUAUCCGCACACGAGAGAAACUUGCUGAGCUAGCAACUUGCUCAGCAAGUUGCUCUUGUGUGCGGCAGGCUUAACCCACAUGAAGACGAGGGCAUUGGGACAAGAGUGGGAUAAACAGUAAGGUAUAUUGCAUUGAGUAUAGAAAUCUCGCGUACGCUUAAUUUACCAUAACGUACCUUGCCUUGCCUAAUUAACGUACCCCAAUAUACCUUAACGUGCCUUGCCUUAACGUACCCCUAAAAAACGUUAAUGUACCCUGCCUUGCCUUGCCCUGCCUUGCCUUACUUUACUUUACAGAAACUUAACCUUUCUAGGUAUUCGGUGAUGAUGCUUUAGACACUAAAAUUGAAGAUAUAAAACUUCAAGACUUUGGCGAAGUUGGUGAAAUCUCCAUAACCAAGGACGAUUGUCUUUUACUAAAAGGCAAAGGUCAUCAAGAUGAUAUUGAAGCCAGAUGCCAACAGAUCAGGGACGAAGCCGAAGAGACUACUUCAGAAUAUGAGAAAGAAAAAUUGAAUGAAAGAUUGGCAAAACUGUCCGAUGGCGUUGCUAUAUUGAAGGUUUGAAAUUUUUAUUUUAAUUUCCAUUGUUGCAUAUAAACUAGUAACAGUACACAUUUAAUUAAACAUACAGUGUGUGUAAUAAAAAUAUCAUUUAUACCUGUAUUAACCACGUUAUUAUAAUUGCGCGAUGAAAACAAGUUCUUAUUUGUCUUGCGGAUUUAAACUACAAUAUAAGGUUUGCUAAUUUGCUUUGUGGGAAAACUACAUCCGUAAAGCCGGAUCUUCGUCACUGCUAAUAAUAUAAACAAUUUACAUUAUCGCCAUGCAAAACCACAAAGAAUUUCAUUAAUCUUCAUCAUGUAUCUUCAUUUAUUUUAUCAUGUAUCUUCAUUAAUCUUUAUCAUGUAUCUUCAUUAAUCUUCAACAUGUAUCUUCAUUAAUCUUCAACAUGUAUCUUCAUUAAUCUUCAUCAUGUAUCUUCAUUAAUCUUCAUCAUGUAUCUUCAUUAAUCUUUAUCAUGUAUCUUCAUUAAUCUUCAACAUGUAUCUUCAUUAAUCUUCAUCAUGUAUCUUCAUUAAUCUUCAUCAUGUAUCUUCAUUAAUCUUCAUCAUGUAUCUUCAUUAAUCUUCAUCAUGUAUCUUCAUUUAUCUUCGUCAUAUGUAUCUUGAAGUUCAUUUAUCUUCCUGAAUGUUGACUCGUUCCAAGCUCGACCUUUGCUUUCUGAUUGUCAGGUUGGAGGCUCUAGUGAAGUGGAAGUAAAUGAGAAAAAAGACCGAGUAACAGACGCUUUAAACGCGACUCGAGCAGCUGUUGAAGAAGGAAUCGUUCCUGGGGGUGGAGUCGCUCUCUUGAGAUGUAUCAAACAGUUGGAUAAUGUUGAAGCGGGGAAUGAAGAUCAAAAAAUUGGUGUUGAGAUUGUGAGAAGAGCGAUGCGUAUGCCAUGUCAAACUAUUGCUGAAAAUGCCGGAGUCGAGUCCACCUUGGUCGUUGAGAAGGUAAGAGAAGCUAUGCGCAAAAUCCUAUGAACACUAACCCAGAGACAUUUUGUUGCACCAUUCGCCGUUUGUAAAACCGUUAACAAACAGGGAAACAUUGUUGCAGAAACAUGUUGCAGAGUCCUAGUCAAUGUCAUGUUUUUCCCGAAAGUGAGGAAGCCAGAAAUAGUCUUUUUGCCACAAUGUUUUCAAGUUGCAACCAUGUUUUCAAGGUUGGGUAAACAGGAAAGCAUUCCAGGAAAUAUCACAAUUUCAAUUGUAAAAUGUCAUACACUCAGUCACUUGCUAAGACGUUGGACAACCUCGUUCCAAGGGUCUCACCUCCGCUCACUGUUUAGGGCCGUGGCAAAGGUGACACCCUGUGAAACCGAUAGGGUUCAGACUAGGCAGGUAGGGUCAAUGGCGGAAGUUAGACCCUGUUUAGACAGGUAGGGUCAAUUCAGUCUCAUGGGAGUUGAAAGUACAGUAUUGUUGCAGGCCAGCGAUGAAACAAGUCUGUCAUGUCCAUUUGUCAUUUGUGAUACUGUAGACCAUACACUUAUUUCAUUGUCAGUCUUUAAGUGUAGACGACAACAUGUUCGUACACUCAGCAUAUGUUAUUCCAUUCUCAGGUCCUAUCUCUAGACCAUAACAUGGGUUAUGAUGCGGCGAUUGGUGAAUAUGUGGAUAUGAUGCAGACUGGUAUUAUUGAUCCAACCAAGGUUGUACGUACUACUAUAACUGAUGCUAGUGGUGUGGCGUCAUUACUUACGACCGCUGAAGUCAUGAUUGUGGAAGCACCGAAAGAAGAGAAAGAUAUGCCCAUGCCAGGGGGGAUGGGAGGCAUGGGUGGAAUGGGGGGUAUGGGAGGUAUGGGAGGUAUGAUGUAAGGGACUGGACACCAGAAUUGAUGUACUCAAAAUAAGCUACAAUCAAAUCUUACACUACCUUGUUGCUAUAUUUUUUACAAGUAAAUGCUCUCUAACUUUUGAAGGCCGCUGAAUACACUGACAUCAAGAAUGUAAUAAAAGAAGCGAUAUUGGUUUCUUAAAUAUUUUAUUCUUGAUAUAUUACAGUUCUUUAACAGAAAACUGCAUAUUAAUGAAGCUUAACCUAAGUAUUUGACAUUCCAAUCUGCCCAUAUGCUUGCCCUUCUAAAUCGCUGCUACUUCACUGUAAGUAAAAUAAAAUAAAAUAAAAACAGUGUUUUUUGUUUGUUUU